UCCUCUACACCUCCAUUUGCUUGCCGCCUUUCAAUUUUGGUUCCAUUUAAAGUCAUAAUCCUACUUGUCUCUCCGUCCCAGAUCUCUCUCUCUCUCUCUCUCUCUCUCUCUCUCUCUCUCUCUCCAUUUGCAUCUUCCCCUUUCCUGCAGUCCCUGCUGAUUUGUUUUGGUGGAAUUAAGGCAAGGUCUCCACCACCCACCUGCUUAUACAUGGAAUGGUACUACUGCUUCCAUUAAAGCCUUUAUUUCCUUUAUUGAAUGCUAGUUUGAUUAAGAAAGAGUAUGAUACUUGUCCUAUAUUGGAAGAUAAAUUGUUUACAACUCUCAGAAGGUCUUUGCGUGGAAAGAGAGGAAUCCACAAGCAAAUCCGUCGGCCUCAUUGCUGGCCUCUUUGUUCAAAAGCAUUAGAAUUUCAAGACUUCAAAGGCUUUGCAAAACCAUUACGUCUUUUGCCAGCCACAGGGGCGACUAUUUGUACUGAAUUGCCUGUAAAAGAACUAUGUACAUACUUGGAAGCAGAGCCAUCUAGUUCUUUCUAUAUUGUGCAACUGAGUACAAGCAACGAUUAUGGCUCAGGUUUGAGCAGCCCAAAUUCUACCAUACUACUCUGCCUGAUAGCUGAAGAUGGAAAUUCAAUAUUACAGAGGAUACCUGCGGCCUUGCCUGUUACUCAUGGGCCAUCCGGGGACAUGGUCGCCUCAGACUAUCUUUGCUUCCAAAGAGGCUCUAAUGAUAUGAUAUCCUUCAGAGGACCUAAACUGGGAGAAAUUGAUGCACUCUGGAUUGGCCUUGAAUCAGGUUCUUGGAGACUAGGAAGCCUCAGCUUAAGAGUCAUCUUCUGCUCGAGUCAAUGCUCAAACACUUCUUCAGAAGGAGAAAUGGGCUCAUGCAUGGGAUUUGAGUAUGGCUUUGAGAGUCGGGAUAUAUUGCUUGGAGAUGCUGGUGUGUCCAUGACCGAACUUAGACCCUGCCUCAAGAAAGAAUUUUCUGGUAUGGAUGUCCCCAGCUUUCUCAACUCAGUUUCGGAUCUACCAACAUUGCAAAACUAUGUGGCAUCAUUAGAUGAAAGCAUGAAGGAGUAUGCAGAUUUAAAGUUGUCCUUGUUAUUGUAUGAUGCUAUGCUCAUCUUAUUUGGUACAUCAGCCAUGGCAUUAUCUAAUAAUGAGAGGAUUGCUUCUUCUUUCUUGGUUGGUGGGGUAUGUGGCUUCCUAUAUCUCUUAUUAUUGCAGAGAUCUGUUGACAAAUUGCCUGGGCAAGGGGCUACUUCCUCAGUGAACAGUGAAGAGUCAGAAAAAGAGUAUAAUGCAGGCCAAGCAGUCCAAGGAUUCAAGGGGCCAUUAACAAGCCUGGCACUGACCUUGGGAUUGGCCAUAACUGGGACAAAAUUUAUCGUGUCAGGGAGCACAUCAGUGGUAUUAGCCCCACAGGAACUUUUGGUAGGCGUUGCUGGAUUUCUUGCUUGUAAGAUGGCUGUGGUUUUAGCAGCCUUCAAACCGUUGCAAACAGGAUGGAGAGAGAAUAAGUGAAUGUGUGUAUUUCGUAGAUAUACGGCUCUUUCAGCUUUGGUUAUUGUUGUGGAGAACUAAGCUUCAUUAGAUUCUCACCGAGCUUUGAACAUUGGUUCAAAAAAAUUCAAAAUGAGAUGCACCCAGCUUCACAUCCU